UCUCACACUUUUCUGAAUCCUUUACAACCUUCUGUUCUUGGAACAAAACUAUCAUCACCACCACAUUUACCUUCUAUCGUGUCCUUCAACUUCUUCCUCCAAAAUGAUUACUUUACCUCAUCCUAUGUUUCUGUUUCUAUUGUUUCUUUCACUUCUAACAAGCACUGGCCAAAUGGUAUUUGCAAAAGGGAAGGAGAAUGUCACAGAGGCUUGCAGUGUGACAAGGUAUCAAAGCCUUUGUAUUCACUCUCUGUCACAAUUCUCCAACACUGCUGGAAGAAGCCCUAGCAAGUGGGCACGUGCGGGAGUGUCAGUGUCCAUUGGCGAGGUUAAGAAUGUUAAAGCGUAUCUUGCAGAAUUGAAGAAGCAUGGACUCAUGAAGGGAAGAAACAAAGUUGCCCUUUCAGAUUGUGUUGAAUGUUUUUCCUAUGCCCUUGACGAGCUUCACAGAUCACUUGGUGUGCUUAGGAGGCUAAGCAAAAGCACGUUUAGCACCCAAAUGGGGGACCUGAACACGUGGAUCAGUGCAGCACUCACCGAUGAAGAAACUUGCCUGGAAGGGUUUGAAGGAGAAAAUGAGAAGCACGUUAAAGUGCUGCAAAACCGUGUUCAGAAUGUGUCUUACAUCACCAGCAACGCUCUUGCUCUUGUCAACAAACUUGCCACCACAGGUCUGGGAAGAAUCAACGACCCAUAGAAUUGAAGUUCUGAAAUGGUUAACAGUAUAUAUGUAUUAUAUUAAGGUAAUAUAAAUAAACUGUGAACUAUAUAUAUAGAUACUAUCAAUUACAUAUGAAUAUAUAAAAAUGUUUCUAUAUAUAUAUGCUUUUAUUAACGUUUGGAUAUGUUGUUUUACCUAUGAUACUGCUUGGUCUUUGUAUUAAAGCUCUAUCUCGUUGAAGUUACAGAUUCUGAGUGCUGUCUUUUUUAUGCUGUUGAUUCAGUUAAUCAUGCAUCGUCAAGGAAAUAAUAUUUGGAAACUUUCAUAACAAGUAACAGUGUAAAGAGAUAAAGAAAAAUAUGGAUGGAACGUGAUAUGAAGAUAAACAUGAAGAGAAAUAACAAGUGUUAGUGUCUGGUAUUUGAAAAUCAUGCCUCUAUCCUUAAAACACACUACUUCGGGAAGCCUGGAUUAAUGUCAUUGACGAAUUCGGCUUUUAAAAGGCUGAUAGAAUGUGAAAUCUGAUGGUCAUUGAGAUUUAUGAUUUUGAAACAGUUUAUACAAUGUGGUUGGAAUUGAUUGAUUAUAAUACAAACUAUGAUAUUUUAACAA